UGCUAAACCUUGUGGGAAUGGCUGGUGUGUGAUCGGGGGUUGGGCCGCUGGAAGCGAACGCAGAGUUAAAGAGUUUUUAAUGUCCGCCAUGUUGGCCAUGGCGUAUUGAACCAGGGAGAGGGAGCGGAGCUACGGAAAAAAAGAGACCGAGAGAGAGCGACCAAGAUCCGGGCCUUCCCGGCUCCGUUCUUCUCGCCAUACCCAUAUUUUGUAACCAAUCGAACGGUUGACUCCUGGAGAACGCCACAGUUCCAUCAAUGAGAACUAACAUUUGUACAGUUGUGAUUCGUAGGGGAUCGGAUAGAUAUAUGCUGCACCUUUCAUUAUAAAAAAAUGAGUAAAUUGUCGUUUCGGGCACGGGCGCUGGACGCUACCAAGCCACUACCCGUCUUCCGCUGCGAGGACUUGCCAGACCUGCACGAAUAUGCCUCAAUUAACCGAGCGGUACCGCAGAUGCCGACGGGGAUGGAAAAAGAGGAGGAAUCGGAACACCAUCUCCAGCGGGCCAUCUCGGCGCAGCAGGUGUAUGGGGAGAAGAGGGACAGCAUGGUGAUCCCCGUGCCCGAGGCGGAGAGCAACAUCCCCUACUACGAAUCGCUCUACCCUGGGGACUUCAAGAUGCCAAAGCAGCUCAUCCACAUCCAGCCCUUCAGCUUGGAUGCGGAGCAGCCGGACUACGACCUGGACUCGGAGGACGAGGCGUGCAUGCUGCAGCUGCAGAAGCAGAUGGAGAUCGGAGCCAUGCAGUUCGAGGAGAUGAUCGAGCGGCUGGAGAAGGGCAGUGGCCAGCAGCUGGUGACUCUGCAGGAGGCCAAGCUGCUGCUGAAGGAGGACGACGUGCUCAUCCAGGAGGUGUACGAGUACUGGAGCCGCAAGCGGCGGAGCUGCUCCAGCGGCUCGCUCAUCCCCACCGUCAAGCAGGAGAAGCGGGACGGCUCCAGCACCAACGACCCCUACGUGGCCUUCCGCCGUCGCACGGAGAAGAUGCAGACGCGCAAGAACCGUAAGAACGACGAGGCGUCGUACGAGAAGAUGCUGAAGCUGAGGAGGGACUUGAGUCGCGCCGUGUCCAUCCUUGAGAUGAUCAAGAGACGCGAACGCAGCAAGAGGGAGCUGCUCAGCCUCACACUGGAGAUAGUCGAGAAGAGGAACGGUACGCCCGACUUCGGUGCGGAUGUGAUGGCGGAGGCUCUGGCCCAGCGGGCUCUGGUGAAGCCCAUCUACAGCCUGCCCCUGCUGCCCAUCCCCUCCAGCGGGCAGCUACGCCACCACGACCUCCUGGAGCUUAAGGACUACCGCAGCAAGCCGGAGAAGACGGAGGUGGUGCGCACCAAGAGGAAAUAUGAGAAGAAGCAGAAGCCUCCGGCCCUCUCCGCCUCCCAGCACAGCGGCCCCGCCAUCUUCAACCCCAAAGACCUCAACCAGUACGACUUCCCCAGCUCCGACGACGAGCCCUACACUCAGAUCCACUCAGGUUCGUCAGAGGCAGAGGAGGAGAACGAUCCAGACGGAGUGUAUGCCUUCAGGAGGAAGGCUGGCUGCGUAUACCAUGCUGCGCGGUCGGAGAGUGGCAGCUGGCCCUGGACCGUGCCGGAGGAGGGCGGCUCAGGCGACCCGCGCUUCCGUUUCUCCCUCACCUCCCUCAACAACCCCCUGCGCUGCCUGGGCCUGGCACGCCGACGCCUCGGACGAGGGGGCAGGAUUCUGCUGGAUCGGGCUUCCUCGGAUCUGGACAGCGUGUUCCACAGACUGGACUCCAUGUCCGAACCGGACCUCUCCCCCUUGCACUCCGCCAGUACCUCAGACGCACCCACACACACGGACAUGGACACACACCCGGCGGACCGGCGCGGAGACCCCGCCGCCGCCGCCGACACACACACACACGCAAACACAGACGCUCACACCGCCACCACCGCCACCUCGUCGUCCUCCUCCUCCCAGUCGCCGUCGUCGUCGUCGCAAUCGCGCUCGCUGGCCCACGAGCUGCGGCAGGUGCUGCUGAACAUCAGGACGUGCCGCUGGAGGCACUUCCGCCCGCGGACGCACACCGCCAGCCAAUCGGCCGCCGCCGCCGCCGCAGCCCGCCGUCCGCUGCGCGGGAUUGGCCGAGGAGGAGUCGGCGCCGCCCAGGGCCGCAUCACACCGUUAAUCAUGGUUACACCAGAGCAGUUCCAGCAGCAUCAGGAGCAGCUGGCCCUCAUGCAGAAAGAGCAGCUGGAGCAACAAGCCAACCAGACGGUGACCCCCACACAGAUUGUUCAGAUGCUGGACUCUGCCGGUGCCCAGUUUGCGGCCUCGGCGCUGGUGUCGUCCGACCAGCUGCUCACCCUCAAGGUCAAAGAGGAGGGCAGUGGAGGGGGAGGGGUCAACGGCGUUCUGCAGCCCUCAGGUGUGUACAAGGGCUUACUCCUCCCCACCAACACCACCAGCCCGUCGACCACGACGGUCUCCUCGACGGUGACCCCUUCCUCCGCCUCCUCGACCCCCAACAGCAACUCUGCCCACGCCCCCAACGCCCACCUGGCCCUGGGUAACCACGGCAACCCCACAAACUCUGCACCGCCCGUGCUGAUCGGCAACAACCUGCGGCUGAGCAUGCCGGCGCCGCCCAUCACGAGCCUGAGCGCGCGGCACCUACCCAGAAGCCUCAGCGUCAGCCCCGCCGCCCUCAAGCUCAACAACAACUGUCAGAUCCCCAAGGUGGCCACGGCGACCAGCAACAUGGACCUGGUGCCCAGGGAGAACCACGAGCAGGAGAAGUCUCUGAACAGCUUGUCGGAGACCACAGUGGCCAUGGAGGUGACGUAGUGAGCCCAGUAAGGGGAGGGGCCUAGCCCCUCUCCCCCUGUCCAUCAACGGGUGCUGUGCACCAAUCACCAACCGGGGAUGCAAAGGGACAGCCCACGGCGGGUCUCCACGGCAACGGCCGCGGACUGGACGGCAACAACUCAUCUCUUCGCCGCUUUUUUUUUUUUUUUUUUUUUUUUUUUUAAACGUUUGUGUUUGGAUCACCGAACCUACCCCCCCUCCCCACACACAUCUUUCUUCUUUUUCUUUUUUUUUUAUACAAACUUCACGACUUUGCAGACCUUACAAUAAGAGCAUCCACUGUACAGGAACUGUGUCCGGACUCCCUGUAUAUAAGUUACUUGAAUACAGAACUGUUCAUUUGUGAUGUUUUGCACUUGGGAAUCAACAUUUAAAAAGAAAAAAUGAAAAAGAAAAAAAAGGCAAAAAGCAGAUGGAG